CCCCGUUUUUCCCCGUUUCUGGCAGGGUUCUGGCUGGGCGCGGCCUGCCCCGGCCAUGGGGCAGAGCGAGUCGCAGCAGGAGGCCGAGGCCACUCUCCUCAGGGGGCUGCUGGGGGUCUUCAGCAGGGAGCAGCUCCCGGUGCGCGCGGUGCUGGGGACCAUCCUGGGCCUGACGGUGCUCAUCAUGGCCGUGGCCGUGCUGGGCUGGUGGCUGCGCCUCAAGAAGGUGCCAGCGCAGGAGCCGCCGCGCUACCGCUUCCGCAAGCGGGACAAGGUCCUGUUCUACAGCCGCAAGAUCAUGCGUAAGGUGACCCUCGG